AUGUUGAGCUCGUUCUCACUCGGAUUCCAACACUCGCUUCUCCAUCUUCCCCUUCUUCCCAAAACCCUAACUCCAUGCAUUUCCCAUCUCCAAUCAGCAUCGAACCCUAAAUCACAAUCCCUUCGAACCCCAUCUUUCACUACCAAAGACCACGGUCUGAACCUUGUCGUCGUCAGGAGUAAACCCCGAGUCUCUUCGGACUCGGAGCAGCAGAAAUGGAGUCAGGAAGGCCUGGUCACUGAGUCGCUUCCCAACGGUAUGUUUCGGAUUCGAUUGGAUAAUGCGGACAUGAUUAUCGGGUAUAUAUCUGGAAAAAUCAGAAAGAGCUUCAUUCGGAUACUUCCUGGAGAUAGAGUCAAAGUCGAAGUUAGUCGCUACGAUUCCACCAGAGGCCGUAUUGUUUAUAGACUCCGCAACCUCAAAGAUUCUUCGUAA